AUGGUCCUUCUAACGUCCUCCACGGUUUCGACCAUUGUGUCGAUGGGAGUGAUCUGCAUAUUUACCACGUUGCUGUUCAUUUCCGGGUAUGUCUUACAGCAGCAAUCCGUGAAGAACAUUCAGCAUGCCUUGAAGCCCCAAGAAGCUGCCCAGAAAGCGAGAUAUGCUUUAGACCCCGCAUUCCAGCAGAAACGGGGUCUAUCAGAUCAUGGGGCCGCCGAUCAUACUUAUGGAACUCAACCUUACCACCCCGGCUCGGGAAAUUACGCCUAUCUUCAGCUGUUGUCUGAACCAGAUCCCUCAGAUAUAUGCUCAGCUAUUUUGUUCUUCAAACAACUGUCCACCAACGGAUCUGCCGUUCAGGACCGUCUGUUUGUUUACCCGGAGCAAUGGGACCGCAUGUCUGCACAGAAGCUGGGAAAGUCAACAACACAAGCCCUGUCAAUUCUACGCGCCGCAAGUGCCAAGUACAAUAUCUGGCUACUUCCUAUCGACAUGUCAGCAGCCACAGCCGCAGGACACACAACUACCAACAGCAAGCUACUCCGGCUAGCCCAAAUCCAAUUCAUGCAAUAUGAUGGCGUGUUAUAUGUUCAAACACCAGGCCUACUAGUCGACACGGGCAAGCUGGACGAUAUGCUAUUAUCUCGCCCCCUGCCCCUCCGGCACGAUAAGAAUCGCCUGGAAUCCUACAAUAACGAGGCUUGGAUUCCUAUGCCGCUUCGUGCAAACCGUGAUCCAGACCUUCCACCUGCGUAUCUGAUCACGGUGAAUAACAUAGAGGGUGGGAACGUGGAAGCGAGAACACACAUUCCGAAUAUCAUGUUGCCUGGAUUUGGUGGCCUCGUGGCUGGACCUCGAGGGGCUGAGCUGUCCAAGGCCAGUGGCAAUGAGCCGGGCUAUGUGUAUUUCGAAAGCGACCGCGAUGGGCGUGUAAAGUGGGCUGGAAACCCCUACUUUGGCAGUUGGCGGUCUCAGCAAGCAGAAGUUUGCGAGGGGUUAGACCUUGAUGAGAUCAUUCAUGAUGAACAAUGA